AUGGCAACAACUUCAGCUGGCGGCGAUAGUGCUGCCAUGGUCAACUCCAAUAGUACCAAAGCGUCAAAUAAGGCUACUAUGGAACGAGCCAUUAAAAGCGUCCAAUUUCCAAUUAGCGAAAAACUGAGUAUGGAGGAUGUCUACGAUAGGCGGACAUCGAAACCACGUUCCGAUAUUUUGAAGGAGCAUUUUACCAAGGAAGGCCGCAUCCAGGAAGAGGUUGCAUUACGAAUAAUUUCGGAAUGCACGUCCCUUUUUCGUCAGGAAAAAACAAUGCUUGACGUCGAAGCACCGGUUACUGUAUGUGGUGAUAUACAUGGACAAUUUUAUGAUUUAAUGAAACUUUUUGAGAAUACACUUCUGUAUCGUCAUUCAAUCCCGAGUUUGAUUUCAAGACUUAGUAAGGUGGGAGGAUCGCCUGCAUCGACUAAAUAUCUUUUUUUGGGAGAUUACGUUGAUCGGGGUUAUUUUUCGAUCGAAUGCGUAUUAUAUUUGUGGGCAGUUAAAAUCUGUUAUCCAACAACGUUGUUUUUGCUUCGUGGAAAUCACGAAUGCCGUCAUCUUACAGAAUAUUUCACUUUUAAACAAGAGUGUAAAAUCAAAUACUCAGAAAAGGUGUAUGAUGCUUGUAUGGAUUCGUUUGAUGCUCUUCCUCUUGCAGCACUUAUGAAUCAGCAGUUCCUUUGUGUCCACGGCGGCCUUUCUCCUGAGAUUCAUACCUUAGAAGAUAUUAAAAAGUUGGAUCGAUUCAAAGAACCACCAGCUUUCGGACCCAUGUGUGAUUUACUAUGGUCUGAUCCACUGGAAGAUUUUGGCAGUGAAAGGAAUUCGGAGCAGUUUUCGCAUAAUUCUGUCCGUGGAUGUUCGUAUUUUUAUAGGUCUGUUUUGUUCAAGAAUUUCCGUGAUCAUCAAAUUGCUACGGUUUUUACUCAGUUGCAAGAUCCUUUCUAUGCAGCAUGUUGUGAUUUCUUGCAGCAUAAUAACCUCUUGUCAAUUAUCCGUGCUCACGAAGCCCAAGAUGCCGGGUAUCGAAUGUAUCGAAAAUCGCAAGCAACCGGGUUCCCUUCUCUAAUAACUAUAUUUAGUGCUCCAAAUUAUCUUGAUGUAUAUAACAACAAAGCCGCGAUAUUAAAAUAUGAAAAUAAUGUGAUGAAUAUACGGCAGUUCAAUUGUUCACCGCAUCCAUACUGGCUGCCUAAUUUUAUGGACGUAUUUACAUGGUCUCUUCCUUUCGUUGGGGAAAAAGGUUGUCCAAGUGAUAAAUUGACCGAAAUGCUCGUCCAUAUAUUAAAUAUUUGUUCGGAUGAUGAACUUAUGGCCGAUUCGGAUGAUACUUUUGAAGGUGGUGUUCCGUCAGCGCGGAAGGAAGUAAUUCGGCAUAAAAUUCGAGCAAUCGGUAAAAUGGCUCGCGCCUUCUCAAUAUUAAGAUUUGCGCAGAAGCGUUGUGAUGCUAGCAUAUCUCAGUUCGCAUAUGCGUUUGUUUUCAGAGAAGAAAGUGAGUCUGUAUUACAACUGAAGGGACUUACACCAACCGGUAACUUACCGUUGUUCACACUUCAAGAAGGCAGACGUGGAAUUCAAGAGGGUACUUUAUUUUUUUUAUCAAUUUUUCGAAUAGAAAAUUGGGACUGUUAA